GCCUGAGUCGGGCCGGGCGCUAGGACCGCGGCGGCGGCUGCAGCAGAGCCGUGCAUAAAUUCGGGGCUGGCGCGAGGCCGCUUGCAGUCGCACGAGGAGGGUAAACAAGGGCGGGAGGGGCGAGUGCGAGUGGGGCGAGUGCGAGUGGGGCGGCUCCUGCCCGGCGCCCUCCCUGGCCCCCCGCUGGCCAGCCCAGCCCAGCCUUGCAGAACGAGCCCCAGGCCCGGCCGCGGCGCGCAGGAUCGUUGCGCCGCCGGUGCUUGCCAGUGCGCGGAGCCGCCUGGAUCCCUUGCAGCCUCGGGAGAAGGCAGGGCCGCCCGCCUCGGCCGCAGGAGCAAGAGGAGAAGGCUUCGCAGGCAGGUCCAAGGAGAGCGUAAGAAAGAGGACCUGGCCUAAAUCUCUGUCACCUGGAAGGUAGAAAGGAAUCCUGUGCCAGCCUGAGAGUGAGGGCACUUGAGACCUUGCACCCCUUCUCUGGAUGGCUGAGCUGCUUAUCGAUAUGCUUGCAAGAAAAUGAAGAGGAUAAUUAAAAGGAGUAGAAACAAAAGAGGCAGAAUCUGGACAGGAAGUGUUGCUCUCUGAACCUCUCUGUCUCGAUGCUUCAGAAGGGCUUUUCGGUGUUACAAAAUCCAAACUGUGAGCCAUCUUUUCAGGGAAACCCCCAAAGAUAGUCUCUCUUGCUGGGUGCAUGAGACUGGGUUGUGUGUUUCCUACACACACACACACACACACACACACACGCUCUUGAGAAGAGAACUCCUUCCUGAAUCUGCAGACCAUGAAGUGAAUCUGUGGUGCCCCAUUCGUGCCAUUGGCUCCUCUGUCUCCUGGGCACCAGUGCAGAGGCCUCUCUUGCACCUGGUGUGCGUCUCUCUCUCUCUCUGCCUUUGUGCACAAUAUGCAGAAAAGUUUUUGGAGCAGCCUUGGGAGUGGUGCAAGUAGGUGCUAAACGAGCCAAGGUGGUACAGUUGAUCACUAAUGAGAAACUCCAUGCUGCUUGUAAGAAUACCUGUGGAGCCACUCUUGUAUCCGUCGCUUUAGCAAAAGCCAGCAGUAGUUGUUCCUCCUGAGAAGCACUGUGUGGCGCGAGGGGCUGGACGUAUGCACGUGGAGAUCUCUGGGCAGCUGGCAUGAUCAGGGGUUGGGCAGAGGGCUUUGUCUCCUGGGCCGCCCCUUGACUGGCUCACGAUGGAGCUCACUGCCUUCUCUGACGUCCACUUGUGCGGCUACCUGCGGAAGCAGAAGUCCCAUCGCCGCCGGUACUUUGUGCUGCGCUGUGCGAGCGAGCGAGGGCCGCCUCGCCUCGAGUGCUACGAGAAUGAAAAGAAGUUCCGCGCGGGGGGUCUCUGCUCACGCCCCAAAAGAAUUUACCUCCUGGCCAGUGUGCUCAACAUUAACAAGCGUGCGGAUGCCCGCCACAGGUACCUCAUUGUCCUCUAUGGGCGCGAUGGCACCUUUGGGGUGGCAGCGGAAGAUGCUGAUCAGCAGCAGAUGUGGUACGCGGCAAUGGUCGAGCUGCACGGCAAGGGAAAAGUGUCCUCCGAUGGCAACCGAGACACUGUGGUCCCCGGCCCAGCCUUCAAAGAGGUCUGGCAGGUCAGCCUACGCCCCCGAGGUUUGGGACACACCAAAAACCUCGCCGGCGCCUACCUCUUGUGCCUGACAGAGAAGACCAUCAACUUUGUGAAGCUGAACUCCGACGUGGCCGCUGUGGUCCUUCAGCUGCUGAACGUCCGCCGCUGCGGCCACUCGGAGAACUACUUCUUCAUGGAGGUCGGCCGCUCGGCGGUGACAGGCCCUGGGGAGCUGUGGAUGCAAGUGGAGGAUCUUGUGGUGGCGCAGAACAUGCACGAAACGAUCCUGGAGGCCAUGAAGGCCUUGAGUGACGAGUUCCGUGUCCGCAGCAAGAGCGAGUCGCUGGCGUCCACACCCAUCUCGGUGCCCCCUCGUCGACAGCACCUUAGCAAUCCGCCGCCCAGCCAGGGUGCUUUCCCCUGGAGACCCCUCCCAGACGGCACGCCCUCCUUGAAGAGGAGCCCCAUAGCCCUGGGGCAGAAAGGGUCGGGCCCCAGAAAGCCAGACUCCUUGAGUGAUUACAGUGCCAUCUCAUCGGAUGAAGGCGGGUCCAGCCCAGGGGAGUCGCGUCCCCCAAGCACUCCUGACCCGCUGAGUUACAUGCUGGUGGGGGGUGAAUUGGACUAUAUUAGCAUGGGCAAGUUGGCGUCUUCAAAUGGGCACUGCCUGGCCAAAUGGGCAUUGGGGGCAGGGACCAACAAGCGGGCAUCUCUCCCGCCGAUGGCACUGGAUAAAGAUACGCCCAGCUUGCCCCGGAAAACGCCAGCGCUCACGCCUGUGGCCGUCUCUGCCAGCUACCCAGAGGGGCUAAACCUUCGCAGUACGGAUCCUGGCUACGUGGCCAUGCUGCCAGGCGUGGCCGUGGGUACUGAGGACCGGGACUAUGUCCCCAUGACCCCCGGCAGUGUCUCGCCUCCCCAGGAAAGCGGGGGCUACAUGCUGAUGUCCCCCAGUGGGAGCUGCUCUCCAGAUGUGCCCAGCCAGUGGGGGCCCAACAGUGGGGAGGGCAAAUCUCUCAACAGCAGUGACUAUAUGAACAUGUCCCCUGUCAGCCGCUCAGCGUCCAGCACCCCGCCAGAGUAUAGCCCCCUGCCGGCCAUCCCUGGCGGCGCCCCUUUCUACUCCCUGCCACGCUCCUACAAGCAUGUCCCCAGGGUGAUUCCGUGCCCCUUCAACCCAGGGCGCCUUUCUUGCUCCUCUUCCACCAGCUCAGAAAGUCUGGAGGAGUCGGCUGGCGUCCCUGGCCGCUCGCUUAGCCUGUUCUUUGGCCUGUCCAGAGGCAGGCGGGAGGUGCCCGCUGCACCCAGGAGCCCCGGGGAAUACGUCAGCAUCGGGUACGGCCCCCGAGCUACCGCCGACUACGUCAGUAUGGACGUCCGGGCCCUGCCAGCAGAGUCCAGCAGGGGGGUGGCCAUGCCCGACAGCUAUGCAGAGAUGGCACCAGGUGCCCGUCUGGUGCGAGCGUGCCCUCAAGGGAGGCGGCGCCACUGUUCGGAGACGUUCCCAGAAGUGGAGAGGAGCGGGGCGCUGCCAUGUGAGGCGCAAACCGAACCGGGGCUGAACUACAUUGACCUCGACCUGGUGAACGAGACAGCCCCUGCCCUGUGCCCCUCUGCUGCCCCCGACCAGGCAGGGCUGCUCCAUAGCUAUGCCAGCAUCGACUUCCACCGCUCUGGGGAGCUCCGUGGAUGCAGGGGGGCAGACAGCGAGGGCGCAGAUUCCUGAUCCUGCCAGAAGGAACCGUCUUGCGGUCACUCAAGCUGGCCUUUGUGCUUGGUUUUGCACCGUAGCAAUUUUGCAUCCUGUUCUUUCUCCCCCUUGUCUGUCCUUGUGUUGCAGCCUCUUGAUGCCAAGUGCCUUGUGGGGGUUUCUGCGCCCUCCCCCAAACAAGGGAAGCCUCUGGAAUAGUGCCCUGCCCCACUUCCCACCAAAGAUGAGUGUGUGUUUAUUUGGGGGGGGGGAGCUCUCUGUGUGGGGCCACCUGCAAGCAGGCAUAGCUCCUUGGAUAUGCAGUCGGAUUUCGUUGGGGAAACGAAGAGUGUGUGAAUCCCAGAAAUAAUUUCUUGAUUUGGAAGCGCAGGGGGGGACACGAAACGGGGAGAGUGCUUUUUGAUGCUUGGGGAGGAGGCGGAGCCUUUCUGCACUCAUCUUGGGUUGGUGUCCUUUGUGAUCAAGUCCCCAUUUCAUCAGUCCCAUCAAAUAAAUACGCACACAGGCCGCCUCCCUCCCACGACUCAAGUGCCUGAGUUCACCCUCCUCAAGGCCCAACAAGCCCCCCCCCACUACAGCAGUUUGCAGAAAGAGCCCUAAGUGACUGCUCUAGGAGAAGAGUGCUGUGGGGGUAUGUUUUGGGGGACAAGCACCCCUUACUCAAAACUUCUUGCCCACCCUGUAAUGCCUAGCAAUUCCUCUUCUCUGCUAGCUGUUGGGAACUGGCUCCAUUUGCUUUUCUGAUAUCUGGAAAUAAAGAUUUUCAGUAUGGAA